GCUGUGAGCUUUUGUGUGUAUUUUCUGAUUAAUGAAGAUUUCACUACAGAAAAACAGUAAGGAGGGGAGCGCCUGCCGGGGUGACGUCAUUGUGAUCCACAUCCACGGUAGCAGGAGGGGUGAGGUGGCCAGCCGCUGAUCCACCGGUAUCAUGGCUUCCUAACAGGACGGGGGGAAGUGACUGAGUGGAAAAACAAGGAUUUUUGUCUAAUGUCCAACUGAUCAUCGCCCUUUCUAGAACCUGAGAUUGGGACAGAGGGGCUCGGCCUCCCUUUUCGCCUCUCACGGCCGCCCCUGAGAUCCAGUAUAUACUUUAAUUCUUCUCGUGAAUUUCCAUUCUUGAACCGUGGAAGAUGGCCGACCCGGCGGAGUGCACCAUCAAAGUGAUGUGCCGUUUUAGGCCCCUGAACAGCUCCGAGGUGACCAGGGGCGACAAGUACAUUCCCAAGUUUCAAGGGGAAGAUACCGUCAUUAUCGGGGGUAAACCUUACAUGUUUGACAGAGUGUUUCAGUCAAAUACAACACAAGAACAAGUGUACAACGCCUGCGCCCAAAAGAUUGUAAAAGAUGUUCUCGAGGGUUAUAAUGGGACAAUUUUUGCAUAUGGGCAGACAUCAUCUGGUAAAACACACACCAUGGAGGGGAAUCUCCAUGACACAGAUUCAAUGGGAAUUAUCCCCAGGAUAGUGCAAGACAUCUUCAACUACAUCUAUUCCAUGGACGAAAACCUAGAGUUUCAUAUCAAAGUUUCAUAUUUUGAAAUCUACUUAGACAAGAUCCGGGACCUUUUGGACGUGUCAAAGACCAAUUUGUCAGUGCACGAAGACAAAAACAGAGUACCUUAUGUCAAGGGCUGCACUGAGAGAUUUGUCUGCAGCCCAGAGGAGGUCAUGGAUACAAUUGAUGAAGGAAAAGCUAACAGACAUGUAGCAGUUACAAACAUGAACGAGCACAGCUCCAGGAGUCACAGUAUUUUCCUGAUCAACGUUAAACAGGAGAAUACUCAAACAGAGCAGAAGCUCAGUGGAAAGCUCUACCUGGUAGAUCUGGCUGGUAGUGAAAAGGUCAGUAAAACAGGUGCUGAGGGAGCAGUGCUGGAUGAAGCCAAGAACAUCAACAAGUCCCUGUCAUCCCUGGGAAAUGUCAUCUCUGCAUUGGCUGAAGGAACGGCUUACAUCCCUUACCGAGACAGCAAGAUGACCCGUAUCCUGCAGGACUCGCUGGGCGGUAACUGUCGAACCACCAUUGUCAUCUGCUGCUCACCUUCCUCCUUUAAUGAGGCUGAAACCAAAACCACCCUAAUGUUCGGGCAGAGAGCAAAGACCAUCAAGAACACAGUGACAGUGAACAUUGAGCUGACAGCAGAGCAGUGGAAGCAGAAGUAUGAGAGAGAGAAGGAGAAGAACAAGACCCUGAGGAACACCGUCACGUGGCUGGAGAAUGAGCUGAACCGCUGGAGAAAUGGUGAGAGCGUGCCAGUGGAGGAGCAGUUUGAUAAGGAGAAAGCCAACGCCGAGGUGCUGGCCCUGGACAAUGUUAUAAACGAAAAGGCGGCCUCAACGCCCAACGUGCCCGGCGUUCGGCUCACUGACGUGGAGAAGGACAAGUGUGAAGCAGAGCUGGCCAAACUCUAUAAACAGCUGGAUGAUAAGGAUGAGGAAAUCAACCAGCAGAGCCAGCUGGCUGAGAAGCUGAAGCAACAGAUGCUGGACCAGGAGGAGCUUCUAGCCUCUUCCCGCCGUGAUCAUGAGAACCUCCAGACAGAGCUGAACCGCCUCCAGGCGGAAAACGAAGCCUCAAAGGAGGAGGUGAAGGAGGUGCUGCAGGCUCUGGAAGAGCUGGCUGUCAAUUAUGACCAGAAGAGCCAAGAGGUGGAGGAUAAAACCAAGGAGUUUGAGACCAUCAGCGAGGAGCUCAGCCAGAAAUCGUCCAUCCUGUCAUCUCUGGACUCUGAGCUUCAGAAGCUGAAGGAGAUGUCCAACCACCAGAAGAAGAGGGUGACUGAGAUGAUGUCAUCACUGCUUAAAGACCUAACUGAGAUUGGCAUCGCUGUAGGCAGCAAUGACAUUAAGCAACAUGACGGUGGCAGUGGUCUGAUUGAUGAGGAGUUUACAGUGGCCCGUCUGUACAUCAGCAAGAUGAAGUCAGAAGUGAAGACGAUGGUGAAACGCUGCAAGCAGCUAGAGGGAACCCAGGCAGAAAGCAACAAGAAGAUGGAUGAGAACGAGAAGGAACUGGCUGCCUGCCAGCUGCGCAUCUCCCAGCACGAGGCUAAAAUCAAGUCCUUGACUGAGUACCUGCAAAAUGUGGAGCAGAAGAAGAGGCAGUUGGAGGAAAAUGUGGAUGCUCUCAAUGAGGAACUUGUCAAGCUCAAUGCUCAAGAGAAAGUCCAUGCUAUGGAGAAAGAGAACGAGAUCCAGACUGCCAAUGAAGUCAAGGAAGCAGUGGAGAAGCAGAUCCACUCCCAUCGUGAAGCUCAUCAGAAACAGAUCAGCAGCCUGAGAGACGAGCUGGACAACAAGGAGAAGCUCAUCACCGAGCUGCAGGAUCUGAAUCAGAAGAUCAUGCUGGAGCAGGAGAGACUCAGAGUGGAGCAUGAGAAGCUCAAAUCCACCGAUCAGGAGAAGAGCCGCAAGCUGCACGAGCUCACGGUGAUGCAGGACAGGAGGGAGCAGGCCAGACAGGACCUGAAGGGUUUGGAAGAGACAGUGGCUAAAGAGCUGCAGACUCUGCACAACCUGAGGAAACUCUUUGUCCAGGACCUGGCCACCCGAGUAAAGAAGAGCGCUGAGAUGGACUCAGAUGACACAGGUGGGAGUGCAGCUCAGAAACAGAAAAUUUCCUUUCUUGAGAACAAUCUUGAACAGCUCACCAAGGUUCACAAACAGCUGGUGCGUGAUAAUGCAGACCUGCGCUGUGAGCUUCCUAAACUGGAAAAGCGUCUUCGAGCUACGGCUGAGCGGGUCAAGGCCUUGGAGUCUGCUUUGAAGGAAGCCAAGGAGAACGCCGCCCGCGAUCGCAAGCGCUACCAGCAGGAAGUGGACCGCAUCAAAGAGGCCGUCAGAGCCAAGAACAUGGCCAGGAGGGGACAUUCAGCCCAGAUUGCCAAACCCAUCAGGCCUGGGCAGCAGCCAGUGGCAUCCCCCACCCACCCCAACAUUAACCGCAGUGGAGGAGGCUUCUACCAGAACAGCCAGACGGUGUCCAUCAGAGGAGGGGGCAGCAGCAAGCCUGACAAGAACUGAAGAGCAGCAGAACAGAAGGACGACACCACAGAAGAAGCCAAUAUCACCCCCCGCCCACCCCGACAGCCUGUCAUUCCAUUACAGCGAACAGACUCCUCGUCGCUGCUUUGGAACCACGAAGGAGUUUCUGAAAUAUAAAUAUAUAUAUAUAAAUAUUCCCAGCUUGUACAGCUCCAGCCCCCCCACCAUCACACCUCCACCUACCCACCCCCCUCUCCCCGACAUUCUAAUCAUGACUUAUCUCUUUUUCUCUUACUGGAUAUAAUAAAAGAAA